GGAUGGAAGGGCGUUAGUGUGAUUCAGGCUGUGAGAGAGCAGGAGCAGGGAGGGGCUGAGUGAGGGAGUGAGUGUGAGCCGGUAUAGUAAGGAGAAUCAGCAGUGGAGGCAGUGCUCUGCUUUUCAUUUCUGCUGGCUUUCGGAGCCUACAACCUGACAUUUCUGGAAACACUGUGGAUUUGCUUUGUAGUGCCAUUUACAGCUCAUCUAUUCAUCUGCUGGAACCACAUUCUCCUUUUUUUUAUUUGGCUUGCGGAUCUGAUCAUGUUAACACUCCAGGGAUACACACGGUGGACAGAGGCUAGUCAGGGGUGUAGAAGGGUUCUGUGACAGGGGGAAGACUGCAUUAGCUGAGGUACCUGAGGGAGCAGCACGAGCCCCUCACAUUUCACCCUUACCCCGGACCCCCUCUUAAGCAGCCAUGGCACCCCGAAAGCGUGGUGGAGGAGGACGUGGCGUGUCCUUUAUCUUCUGCUGCUUCCAGAGCAGUGACCACCCGGAGAUCACCUACCGGCUGCGAGAGGAUUUCGUCCUGCAGACCAUGGAGCCCACGCUGCCCAUCCCCAGCUACGAUGAGCUGGAUGCCAUGUUCUCCGAGCUUGUGGAUGAGCUGGAUCUCACAGAGAAGCACAGGGAGGCCAUGUUUGCAUUGCCUGCAGAAAAGAAAUGGCAGAUUUACUGCAGCAAGAAAAAGGAGCAAGAAGAGAAUAAAGGUGCUACAAGCUGGCCAGAGUACUACAUCGAUCAGCUCAACUCAAUGGCAGCUAGGAAGACUCUGCUGGCCCUGGAGAAGGAGGAAGAAGAGGAACGCAAUAAGACCAUAGAAAGCCUCAAAACUGCGCUGAGGACGCAACCAAUGAGGUUUGUCACUCGGUUUAUUGACCUGGAUGGACUGACCUGCAUCCUGAACUUUCUGAAGAGCAUGGACUAUGAGACAACGGAGUCUCAGAUCCACACAUCCCUCAUCGGCUGCAUCAAAGCUCUGAUGAACAACUCUCAGGGCCGUGCCCACGUGCUCUCCCACCCGGAGAGCAUAAACAUCAUCGCUCAGAGCCUGGCCACCGAGAACAUCAAGACCAAGGUGGCCGUUCUGGAGAUCAUGGGAGCUGUGUGCUUGGUUCCUGGAGGCCAUAAGAAGGUUUUGGAGGCUAUGCUGCACUACCAGAGAUUUGCUAGUGAACGGACGCGGUUCCAGAUGCUUCUAAAUGACCUGGAUCGAAGUACAGGGAGGUACAGAGAUGAGGUCAGCUUGAAGACAGCCAUCAUGUCCUUCAUUAAUGCUGUGCUGAGUCAGGGGGCUGGAGAGACCAGUCUUGAGUUCAGGGUACAUUUGAGAUACGAGUUCCUCAUGUUGGGGAUUCAGCCCAUCAUUGAUAAACUCAGGUCACAUGAAAACUCUACGUUAGAUCGGCACUUGGAUUAUUUUGAAAUGCUACGAAAUGAUGAUGAACUCACAGUUUCCAGGCGUUUUGAAAGCGUGCAUAUAGACACUAAAAGUGCUUCCCAGGUGUUUGACCUCAUACGCAAAAAGAUGACCCACACAGAUGCAUAUCCGCACUUUAUGUCCGUACUACACCACUGCCUGCUAAUGCCUCAUAAGAGGAGUGGGAACACGGUGCAGUACUGGUUGCUUCUUGACCGAAUCGUACAACAGAUGGUGCUCCAGAAUGAUAAGGGUCAUGACCCUGACGUCACCCCCUUAGAAAACUUCAACGUUAAGAAUGUGGUUAGAAUGCUUGUCAAUGAAAACGAGGUCAAACAAUGGAAGGAGCAGGCAGAGAAGAUGCGGAAAGAUCACCAUGAGCUCCAGCAGAAGAUGGAGAAGAAGGAGCGAGAGUGUGAUGCCAAGACCCAGGAGAAAGAAGAAAUGAUGCAGACACUCAGCAAGAUGAAAGAGAAGCUUGAGAAAGAAACAGGAGAACACAGACUGGUUAAGCAACAAGUAUCAGAACUUACUUCACGUCUACAUGAGCUCAGCCUGAGACCAGUAGCCAGCGUACCUGGUGGUCCUCCCCUACCCCCUGGACCCCCAGGUGGCCCCCUUUCUCCUCCACCUCCUCCCCCUCCUCCUGGGGGCAUGAUGCUUCCUCCUCCACCUCCUCCACCCUGUGGUGCCAUGAUGCCCCCACCACCACCGCCUCCACCUGGAGGCCCACCUCCGCUCCCUGGACGUCCACCCUUAGGUGGGCCUCCUCCUCCUCCUGGAGCCCCUAUAGGUCCGGCCCUCAAGAAAAAGAACAUUCCCCAGCCGUCCAAUCCACUCAAGUCCUUCAACUGGGCCAAGUUAUCUGAGAACAAGCUGGAGGGCACAGUGUGGGCUGAGAUGGACGACAGCAGAGUUUUCAAGAUCUUAGACUUGACGGACAUUGAGAAGACCUUCUCAGCAUACCAGAGACAACAGGACUUCUUUAUGGUCAAUAACAGCAAACAGAAAGAGGCAGAGGACGAUGCUCUGAGCUCAAAGAAAGUCAAAGAGCUGUCCGUCAUUGACGGCCGCCGGGCCCAGAACUGCAACAUCCUGCUCUCACGGUUGAAACUCUCCAAUGAGGAAAUGAAGAGGGCUAUCCUGACUAUGGAUGAACAGGAAGAUCUGCCGAAGGAUAUGCUGGAGCAGAUGCUGAAGUUCAUACCAGAGAAGAGUGACGUGGACCUACUGGAGGAACAUAAACAUGAGCUGGACCGCAUGGCCAAGGCUGACCGCUUCCUCUAUGAGAUGAGCAGAAUAAACCACUACCAGCAGAGGUUACAGUCUCUGUACUUCAAGAAGAAGUUUGCAGAGAGGAUUGCAGAGAUAAAGCCUAAAGUUGAAGCAUUAACCAGGGCCUCUAAAGAGAUGCUGCAGAGCCGGAAUCUGAAGCAGCUCCUGGAGGUGGUGCUGGCAUUCGGCAACUACAUGAACAAGGGCCAGAGAGGAAAUGCUUACGGCUUUAAAGUGUCCUCACUAAACAAGAUCGCUGACACCAAAUCCAGCAUCGACAAGAACAUCACUCUCCUACACUACUUGAUCACCAUCCUGGAAAAGAAGUACCCCAAAGUCAUGCAGUUUUCAGAAGACCUGCAGAACGUGCCGGAAGCUGCUAAAGUCAAUAUGACUGAGUUGGAGAAGGAGAUCAACAACCUGCGCAGCGGCUUGAAGAGUGUGGAAAGUGAGCUGGACUUCCAGAAGAAGCGUCCUCAGGAGGUGGGGGAUAAGUUUGUGUCUGUGGUCAGCCAGUUCGUCACGUUGGCCAGUUUCAGCUUCUCUGAUGUGGAAGAUUCUCUCAAUGAAGCCAAGGAACUGUUUGAGAAGGCAGUUAAGCACUUUGGUGAAGAUUCUGGGAAGAUGCAGCCGGACGAGUUCUUCGGCAUCUUUGACCAGUUCCUGCAGUCCUUCACUGAGGCUCGGCAGGAGAACGAGAACAUGCGCAGACGCAAGGAAGAGGAGGAGCGUCGGGCACGCAUGGAGGCUCAGCUAAAGGAGCAGAGAGAGAAGGAGAGAAAGGCCCGGAAGGCUAAAGAGAACGGGGAGGAUGACGGGGGAGAGUUUGAUGACCUGGUCUCAGCACUGCGCUCUGGUGAGGUGUUCGACAAGGACCUGUCCAAGAUGAAGCGCAACCGCAAACGCAUCAACAGCCAAACCACAGAAACUGGCAGGGAGCGGCCCAUCACCAAACUCAACUUCUGAGCUCAGGCCUGUCAGGCCAGUCAUAAAGCUUCAUUGCCGAGCCACUCAGCUUUGAUAACGUAGCCCCUCAUCUGAGACCCAUUCUCUCCAAGCGACGCUCUCCAGAAGUGUUCUGUUGCUGGACAAUACUGCCCCACAGUGGUGGACAGUGGAAGAGCACACCAAAAGACUUUUAAUAGACAAAGCACAUACGGAAAGAGUGUAUUGGCUUGAGAGAGAGAAAGUUUGGCCACUCACAAUUGAAUUAAAAUAAUAAUAAUUUGAAAUGGGGCACCGGUCAUAAAGUGAAAAAAGAGACACAAGAGAGUGGAUUUUAAAAGGACGGCUGCCAAAAAAAAACAAAAAACACCUCAUGCAGGUUUUUUUCUUUCUUCUUUUUCACGUGGACUACCUUGGUGCUGGUGUACCGAGAUUUCUAACUCGAGAAAGGAAAAACUGGUCAAAUCUGGAUUUGACUUGAGAAAACUUGAGGCACACUUUGAUUUUCCAUUGCAGGUUCUCUCCUGUUCUUUCACAUAAGCUUACAAAAAAACAUCACAGAAGCAGAAACUCUUCACAACUUCUCAAUGUUCUCAAUGUUCAACUACAGCAUGCAGAGUUACUAAACAACAAUACCAUUCCAUGCCGAGGAAACAUCAGGCAAGAAUAACAGACCCUCCUGUACUAGUUGAAUCUGUGUGUUUGGGUCUGGGCUGGCUGUCUAGGCACAGAUUAAGUUCUGGCUUUGGACUAAAAAAGAAAGAAAUUCCAACGUAGAAUCUACUGACUGUGUAAUCCGGUCCAAGAUCAUUCUUAAUCUCAGUUCAGAAGAAAUCCUGUUCUAAGAUUUCCCCACUUGUAAAGCAGCUCCACAACCUUGUUUAUUUCCAUUUGUUAUUAAGGACCGUUUUUAUAUAGAGUGCUUUUAUUGAAUUACAGUAUGUAGGGUUGUGGGUUGCUUAUUACAGCAUUGUAUGGAAAAUUCAUUGGAUAUCAGACCCAGACUGGCUGAAGAUCAUUUUUAAAGAUGUCUUAGAAAUGUACCCAGGCCCACGUGCUUUGACACACUGUGGGUGUUCAGAUGUGCAGACUAUAUGCAUUUAUGUUGUUGGGUCUUUUUGUUUUGAAGACAGUCAUGUGAAAUGCAGACUUAUUUAAAAUGAAAUGUAAGUAACCAAAACAAUGCAAUACUCUCUCCAUCAGCUCUUCCUUCCUCCCUGGAUUUGCUCCAGCCUUUUUAUUCGCAGUCUAGACUUAUGUUGUGACAAAGUUUCCUUUUACAAUGUGAGAUGCCUCCAUUGGACUUUUGUAAUUUAAAAUGCCUUCCAUUGUAAGAUGGAUCUAAAACAAAUAAAUGGGAGAAAGUGG